AUGGGCCGGGGGAGCCGAGCGGCCGCCCCGCUGGGCGCGCUGCCGCUGCCGCUGCUGCUGCUGCUGCCGCUGCUACCGCCGUCUCCCUGUCUGGCGCUCACCCCUCGGAUCAGCCUGCCUCUCGGCUCUGAAAAGCGGCCAUUCCUCAAAUUUGAAGCUGAAAACAUCUUCAACUACACAGCCCUCCUGCUGAGCAAGGAUGGCAGGACUGUGUACGUGGGUGCUCGAGAGGCCCUCUUGGCACUCAAUAGCAGCGUCAGCUUCCUGCCAGGCGGGGAGUACCAGGAGCUGCUGUGGCCUGCCGAUGCAGAGAGAAAGCAGCAGUGCAGCUUCAAGGGCAAGGACCCGGAGCGGGACUGUCAAAACUACAUCAAGAUCCUCCUGCCUCUCAACAGCAGCCACCUGAUCGCCUGCGGCACAGAGGCCUUCAGCCCCGCGUGCACCUACAUUGACGUGGAGAACUUCACACUCGCACAGGACAAGCAGGGGAACAUCCUCCUGGAAGAUGGCAAGGGCCGUUGUCCUUUUGACCCCAAUUUCAAGUCCACGGCCCUGGUGGUCGAUGGUGAGCUGUACACGGCAACAGCCAGCAGCUUCCUGGGGAAUGACCCGACCAUCUCCAGGAGCCAAAGCCUCCGCCCCAUCAAGAGCGAGAGCUCCCUCAACUGGCUUCGAGACCCAGCGUUUAUGGCCUCAGCCCACAUUCCCGAGAGCCUGGGCAGCUCGGAAGGGGACGAUGACAAGAUCUACUUCUUCUUCAGCGAGACUGGCCAGGAGUUGGAAUUCUUUGAGAAUACCGUGGUGUCCCGCAUUGCCCGUAUCUGCAAGGGUGACGAGGGGGGUGGGCGCGUCCUGCAGCAGCGCUGGACGUCCUUCCUGAAGGCACAGCUGGUGUGCCUGCGGCCUGACGACGGCUUCCCGUUCAACGUGCUACAGGACGUGUUCACGCUGACGCCCCGCCCCGAGGACUGGCCGGACACCCUCUUCUACGGGGUCUUCACACCCCAGUGGAAUGGGGGGACCAUGGAGGGCUCUGCCGUCUGUGUUUUCACCAUGAAGGACGUGCAGUCGACCUUCAGCGGCUUCUUCAAGGAGGUGAACCGCGAGACGCAGCAGUGGUACACAGUGACCCACCCGGUACCCUCGCCCAGGCCGGGCGCGUGCAUCACCAAUAGUGCCCGGGAGAGGAAGAUCAACUCGUCGCUGCAGCUCCCCGACCGCGUGCUGAACUUCCUCAAGGACCACUUCCUGAUGGACGGACAGGUCCGCAGCCGCAUGCUACUGCAGCCCCAGGCCCACUACCAGCGCGUGACCGUCCACCGCGUGCCUACCCUGAAUCGCACCUACGACGUCCUCUUCCUGGGCACUGGUGACGGCUGGGUGCACAAGGCGGUGAGCGUGGGCACCACAAUGCACAUCAUCGAAGAGCUCCAGGUCUUCCCGGCAGGACAGCCCGUGCGGCACCUGCUCCUGGACGCUGACAGGGGAUUGCUGUACGCUGCCUCACACUCGAGCGUGGUCAAGGUGCCUGUGGCCAACUGCAGCCUGUACCAGAGCUGCGGGGACUGCCUCCUGGCCCGGGACCCGUACUGCGCUUGGAACGGCUCGAGGUGUGCAUCCAUCACCCUCUACCAGCCGGAGGUGGCCUCCAGGCCGUGGAUCCAGGACAUCGAGGGGGGCAAUGCCACGAACCUCUGUGGCCCUUCCAAGGCCCGAGCGUCUGUACCAAAAGGUGAGAAGCCCUGUGAGCAGGUUCAUUUCCAGCCCCACACGGUGAACACCUUGGCCUGCCCCCUCCUGUCCAACCUGGCGACCCGGCUCUGGCUGCACAAUGGGGCCCCCAUCAACACCUCGGCCUCCUGCCGCGUGCUGGCCACCGGGGACCUGCUGCUAGUGGGCAGCCAGCAGGAGCUGGGGCUGUUCCAGUGCUGGUCGCUGGAGGGAGGCAUCAAGCAGCUGGAGGCCAGCUACUGCCCAAAGGUGGUGGAUGAGGUGACCGGCGGUGCGGGCCGGAGCGGCAGUGUGCCCGUCAUCAUCAACACGUCUCGGGUGAGUGCAGGCAGCAAGGCCAGCUGGGGCACGGACAAGUCGUACUGGACGGAGUUCCUGGUGAUGUGUGCGCUCUUCGUGUUCGCCAUGGUGCUCCUCAUCUUAUUCUUCCUCUACCGGCAUCGCGGUGGCAUGAAGGUCUUCCUGAAGCAGGGGGAGUGUGCCAGCGUGCACCCCAAGACCCGCCCAGUGGUGCUGCCACCUGAGACCCGGCCGCUCAAUGGCAUGAGCCCCCCUAACACCCCGCUCGACCAAGGCUACCAGGCCCUGUUGGACAGCUCCCCGGGGACCCGCAUCUUCACGGAGUCAGAGAAGAGGCCACUGAGCGUCCAGGACAGCUUUGUGGAGGUGUCCCCAGUGUGCCCCCGGCCCCGGGUCCGCCUGGGCUCUGUGAUCCGGGACUCGGUAGUGUGA